UCUUCUCUCUAAGUGGUCCCAAGAUCGCGGGAUUUCUAAUUUAUUUGGAUAUUGUUGAUAUCUUUGAAUAUCCAUUUAAACUCUGAUAUUAUUAGUCUGGAAAAGCUUCUGUGUUGCUUAUUCGCUCCAGUAUUUUAGAUUUCGAUCCGGUUGACAGUUUGUGGCACUUCCUUGCGGACAUACCUCCCAGCUCAGCAGCUCUGCUGUUGUAUCUUGGCAUUAGAAAUUUGCUCUCCGCGCGGAUCUAACUUUUUUGUUUUGUCAAAAACGGAUUCCUGUCGCGUUAAGCUGAAUCAACCGAAGAUUAGGGUGAUUUAGGACCUGUCAUUUCAACCAGGACAAACGGCCUCAAAGAUUUCUCCUUUCUCCUUUCUCCUUUUUUUUUUAAGCAUAUAAUCCGAGGCAGUUAUGGUUCCAUAAACUUGAAAAGCCGUUAAGCUAACAACUAUGCCCGCAGCCACUCUCUUCGGCACCUCAUCUUCACCGGCUGCGAGGAGGAACUUGUCAUCUCCGUCAUCACAAUGUCCUUCUCCUUCCUACUCUGUUACCACCAGUUCUGCUGCCGCGGCGCCGUCGUCUUCAAGCAGUCAUCUUCUGCAAGUAGACAGGGUUGCCCUCCUAAUAGACAAGUGCAAUUCCGUUAAUCAUCUUCUUCAAAUCCACGCUGCUCUCCUUCGUCGCGGUCUAAACCAACAUCCUGUAUUGAAUUUCAAGCUCCAACGCUCCUACUCCUCCUUUGGUCGACUUGACUACUCUGUUUCCCUCUUCGAUCGAACUGAUAACCCGAAUGUGUUUUUAUGGACUGCCAUUAUACACGCCCACACCCAAUGCGGUCUUUCGGAGCAAGCCCUGCUCUAUUACGUACAAAUGCUGAGCCAAUCUAUCCAACCCAAUGCCUUCACAUUCUCCUCUGUACUUAGAGGCUGUUCGCUGAAAUCUUGUAGAGCUCUCCACUCGCAGGUAAUCAAAUUCAGUUUUGAUUCUGAUUUGUAUGUCUCCACAGGGUUGCUUGAUGCGUAUGCCCGAGGGGGCGAUGUUAUGUCUGCAAAACAACUGUUUGAUUCAAUGCCUGAAAAGAGUUUGGUCUCUUUGACGGCCAUGCUUACCUGUUAUGCGAAGCAUGGUCACAUUCAGGAGGCUCGCGUGUUAUUCGAAGAAAUGGAAGAGAGGGAUGUGGUUUGUUGGAACGUAAUGGUUGAUGGGUAUGCCCAGCAUGGAUACCCUAAAGAAUCGUUAUCGCUUUUUAGGCAAAUGUUAGCCGCAAAAGUUAAGCCUAAUGAAAUCACUGUGUUAUCAAUUCUUUCUUCUUGCGGGCAGCUUGGAAGUUUGGAGUCUGGUAGAUGGCUCCAUUCAUACACUGAGAACAAUGGUAUUCAGAUCAAUGUCCGUGUGGGUACUGCUCUGGUUGAUAUGUACUGCAAAUGUGGCAGUUUGGACGACGCACGCAAGGUUUUUGAUAAAAUGCAUGACAAGGACGUUGUAGCUUGGAAUUCAAUAAUCAUGGGAUACGCUAUUCACGGAUUUAGCGAAGAAGCUUUUCGAAUGUUUGAUAUGAUGUGUAGCAUAGGACUCCAACCCACCGACAUUACCUUCAUUGCCAUUUUGACUGCUUGUGGGCAUUCUGGUCUAGUCUGCAAAGGGUGGAGUUUUUUCAAUUCUAUGAAGAAUGAAUAUAAUAUUGAACCGAAGAUUGAACAUUUUGGAUGCAUGGUGAAUAUUCUUGGCCGAGCUGGACAAGUUCGAGAAGCUUACGAUCUUGUUAGGAACAUGAAGAUUGAUCCAGACCCUGUCCUAUGGGGAACUUUGCUAUGGGCUUGUAGACUCCAUAACGAAGUUUCUCUGGGCGAGGAAAUUGCCGAGUUUCUUGUGAGCUAUAAUCUAGCGGGUGCAGGGACAUAUGUACUUCUUUCUAAUAUAUAUGCUGCUGCUGGCAACUGGGAUGGCGUGGCAAAGGUUAGAUCAUUGAUGAAAGAAAGUGGAGUUGAGAAAGAGCCUGGUUGUAGCGUAAUUGAAGUGGACAACAAGGUGCAUGAAUUUCUUGCUGGAGAUUUAAGACACCCGAAGAGCAAGGAAAUAUAUUUGAUGUUGGAGGAGAUGAACAGUUGGCUGGAGGCGAACGGUUAUACGCCACAGACGGGCGUCGUUUUACAUGAUUUAGGGGAGCGUCAAAAGCAGCUUUCCCUGGAAGUUCACAGUGAGAAGCUUGCCAUGGCUUUUGGGCUUAUCAGUACCCGAGCCGGGACCACAGUCAAGAUCGUCAAGAAUCUUCGAGUUUGUUUGGAUUGUCAUGCUGUGAUGAAGUUGAUAUCGAAGAUCACCAAACGUAAAAUUAUAAUGAGGGACCGAAACAGAUUCCACCACUUCGAGAACGGAUCCUGUUCGUGUGGGGAUUUCUGGUGAACCACAUUCAAUCCUCUUUUUCCUUGGAUGAGCACCAUUUUUAGAAGCAAGCAGCGGUACUGACAUAAUUGAUCUCAGAUUUGGCCCUUAAAAGGUUUAACCAUGGGCUCUCAAGUUCAAAUGCUGGUGUGAAGAACUGAAGAAAGUAUGCCGCCGUGCCUCAUAAACUUGUCAGAGUGAGGAUCCAAAAUUUCUCAUAGUUACAAUCCAUCUAAAUAUAUGGCAUCCUAUGUUUACUCAUUCAGUAAUUCAUGAGAAAUCAUAAAGAAAAAAAAUAUCAUUCAAAGGA